AUGCAAAUCAAGGACGAGGAGGCUCCGAUGUUCCCUGGAAAGCUGAAGAGUGAUCCCAACAAACGGUUUAGGGAUAAAUAUUGCCACUUCCACCGUGACCAUGGUCACGAUAUGGCCGAUUGCUAUGACCUAAAGCAGCAGAUCGAGGCCCUUAUCAGACAAGGAAAACUGCAGAAGUUCGUUAACAAGGAGAAAACAGAUCCACCCCCACAAGACCAAGACCAACACCCCCGAUGGGAUAAUAAGCGACCGAAACCCCCGAUAGGGGACAUAAGGAUGAUCGUAGGAGGAACGGCUGCCGCUGGGUCAUCCAAAAAGGCCCGCAAAACCUACCUUAGGAUGAUACAAAAUGUUCAGCUAAUGGGGGCCGUGCCAAAGAUAGCACAAAUAGAAGGCCCUAUUAUUGGUUCAGCAGAUAUUCUAUACUACCCGGCGUUCCAGCAGAUGAGGAUCGACAAGGAGCGAUUGAUUCCAACAAAUGCCUCGCUCGUUGGUUUUGGAGGGAGCCGGGUAUUCCCCCUGGGCGCGGUCACAUUGUCCGUAGUGGUAGGUGAUUACCCCGAGCGGAUAAUUAAGGACGUAACAUUCUUAGUGGUCGAUUGCUCGUCUACCUACAAUGCUAUCCUCGGACGACCCACGCUCAAUUCGUGGAAGGCGGUAACUUCAACUUACCACAUGAUGAUUAAGUUUCCUACCGACUAUAGAGUAGGGGAGUUGCGCGGAAGUCAAAUGGCAGUGCGUGAAUGCUAUGUGGCUAUGAUGGAGAUGGAGGAUCAGGUCCAAGUCUUGAAUAUAGAAAAGUACUGGACGGUGACGAAGCCGGUAGAGAAACUAGAAGAGAUACCCCUUGACAGUUCUGAUCCUAACCGAACAACCAAAAUUGGAACCCUCACUAACCCCGCGAUCCAUCAAGAGCUCAUAACCUUCCUCAGGAGCAAUCUAGACGUAUUCGCCCUGGAGUCAUGA